GUCGUCGUCGUCGAGGAUGCGCCCGGCGACGGGGCGAUAAUACGCUCGACGUUCGAGCCCGAUGCAUCCCUGGCGUCGGGAGCCGGCGAGGUAAACAUUAGGCGGAGCAGUAAGAGGCGUCUCGCGCUUUCCCCGUCGCGUCAUAACAAAGCGGCAAAGGUAUCGCGCGGCGAGAGGGAACGGGUGUGACUUACGCUACAGAAGAGAGGCGCGAGGAGAGUAUUGAGCCCAUAUGCCGCCAGCCGGGCUAUCGGCGAGAGGCUUGUCUACCUUGAUGGACCACGGACAACCGGAUGCUCGUCAUCGGAGCGAGCGUUUCCUACUCUACUCAGAGAAUGGCUCCUCACAUCCUCAUAGUCCCAACACGGCCAACUCGUCGCCACGGUACCAGUACAACAGCAGAACCAAUAGUCACACCACUAGUUACGGGUCCAUAUAUGGACGCACUUCUAGCAACAAUAUGUCUGAUAGCAGCGUUUCUGACACGCACAGCGGCGGAACUGCUAGAACCGUCUCCCAACAGACUAGUCCAUCCCACGGUACACAUUCCUCCUCCCAGUCGCGGCAGGACAACAGCUCCAUCAUCUUCACGGCCCUCUUCGAUUAUGUCGCCCAGGGGGAAGACGAGUUAUCCCUGCAGAGAGGGGAGACUGUUGAGGUUUUGUCCAAGGACGCCAAGAUCUCGGGCGACGAGGGAUGGUGGACCGGGAAAAUUCGCGGCAAGGUGGGAAUUUUUCCGGCCAACUUCGUCGCGGAGGCAGAGAGCAUCGACCGGGUGUCAUCGGUGAUCGACAAGGUCCACCCAAUUGAGAUCGACUUCGAGGAGCUGCAGCUGGAAGAAGUCAUAGGGGUCGGAGGGUUUGGAAAGGUCUACAGGGGCUUCUGGAAGAAACGCGAGGUAGCCGUGAAGGCCGCGCGCCAAGACGCGGGCGAGGAGCCUAGUGUAACGUUGGAAAACGUACGGCAGGAAGCGAAGCUGUUCUGGUUGCUGAAGCACGAAAAUAUUGUGCAAUUGGAAGGCGUGUGUUUAAAGAUGCCCAACAUGUGUCUCGUGAUGGAGUACGCCCGCGGCGGCAGUCUCAACCGAGUUCUCAGCGGCAGGAAAAUCAGGCCCGACGUGCUGGUCGAUUGGGCGAUACAGAUUGCGAGAGGGAUGGACUAUCUUCACAACAAGGCGCCCAUAGGUCUCAUUCACAGGGAUCUGAAAAGUUCCAACGUGCUGCUGAGCGAGCCGAUUGAAAACGACGACUUCCAAUAUAAGACCCUGAAGAUCACGGACUUCGGUUUGGCGAGGGAGGUCUACAAGACGACUCGUAUGUCUGCGGCGGGCACGUACGCCUGGAUGGCGCCGGAAGUGAUUAAAAAGAGUACUUUCAGCAAAGCUAGCGACGUAUGGAGCUACGGCGUGUUACUGUGGGAACUUUUGACCGGGGAGACACCGUACAAGGGUAUCGACGCUCUGGCUGUAGCGUACGGGGUUGCUGUCAAUAAGUUGACUCUACCUAUACCAUCUACCUGCCCUCAGCCAUGGAGUCUCCUCAUGGAAGCGUGCUGGGCAUCGGACAGCCAUGCUCGGCCGGGAUUCAUGGACAUCUUGGUGGCUCUGGACGAGGUGCGCAGUGCAUUCGCGGCGACGCCACACGAAUCUUUUCACACAAUGCAGGAGAAUUGGAGGCUGGAGAUCGAACAAGUUCUGCAUGGAUUGCGCAUGAAGGAAAAGGAGCUGCGCUGUAGAGAAGAGGAAUUGACGAAGGCACAGGUGCAACAGAAACAGAACGAGGAGCUUUUGAAGCAGCGGGAACAGGAAUUGGCCGCCCGCGAGAUAGCCAUAUUGGAGAGGGAGCUCACCGUGAUGAUCAUCCAGCAGCAAAACACGCCUACGCCGAACAAGAGACGUGGCAAAUUUAAGAAGUCGCGAUUAAAAUUGAAUAAGAAGGAGCCGGGAAGCAAUAUUAGCGCCCCUUCGGAUUUUCGUCACACAAUCACCGUUCAGGACACGGCCUUGGCCGACCGAGGCAAAGUGAGGAACCCGUCGCGGCCGAACAGUCCUCCAGGCUCGCCCAGCAUUCCGAGGCUCAGAGCGAUCGCAUUACCGGCGGACGGAGUUAAGGGUAAGACUUGGGGACCGUCGACGCUUCAUCAACGUGAGCGCGGGGCUAUUAUUCCCCAGCCGCCACUCCUCCCCGCCUCCCCUGGCGGCAAAGGCUGGUCCCGUUCCGCGCCAGAUCUCGAAAAGACACCUCUGCGUACAGCCCUGUUGGCGAACGCGCACCGCUCCCCGCUUCUGCAGGAAAUAGGCCUCUCUGAGGAAAGCAUCUACCACACCCAUUAUACAGCAUUACCGCCCGACCUGUCGGCCGACUGGAUAACGUCGGAGUAUCCUCCGAAGCCCGGGCUGACCGGGCCCUACAUCAUGCCGAUGCCCGUUCCCAUGCCCACCCUCUACAACGGCGAAACGAAAAAACCAAAGCUAAGCAUAGUCGAGCUGGUAUUGUACAACAUCGCGGCGAUGCUGGCCGGCGUGGCCACCGGCUACGACGUGAGAAUGUCGAACAUAUCCCCGAUACAUCCGCGCCUGUACCCACGGACGGGCGAGUGCGACGAGGAUCAGCCAAGGUGGUGGUUUCAGGCGGACACCGGAUCGAAUCGCAACUCCUACCUCGGCGCCGAUUACGAGUUCAGCUCGAGCAGCGGCUAUCCGCACAACACUUAUCACGGACGGGCACACCAUUGCAGACCGUUCCUGAGUAACAUGGGUGGCAUAGCGCCCGGCCUUCCAACCGUGGCGAUGCCAGACAAGCCGUUGCGCUUUACAGAUUCCCCACAGCAUUACACGAGCAGCACGACGGGUUCCAACGCCCCGACGCCGAGCCCGAGAAGGAAGAGCAGCAGCAGCACCAGCAACGAGGAUGCGUACUCGCACGACGCGGCCCGCGUCGAUCGUAUAGAGAGGGUGCCGACGAUAUACAUGGGGAACGUCGCCCCGUUCCCGGAUUACGGGCCGCCAAUGUACACCGUCGUACCGCCGGAGUAUUAUCGGCCCCCUGAACCGACGUAUUUCAUACCUGCGGAGUAUCACGACCGGAUGCUCGAGUGCCCCGAGUUCCCGCACGCGUACGACAAUCCGAGCAGCAUGAACAGCCCGGCCAGGCCGGUGUCCAGGCUUUUGCCUUACACGCAUCACCGCACCUCGUCGAACGUCUCCAACGCCAGCACGUCGAGCCAGAGCAACGUCAACCCGACGUUCCGGCUGGAGGACGAGGACGACUACGGCGUGUACUCGCCGAUACCGUAUUACCAGCGACCUUCGAACGUUAUAUCCAACCUGGCGACGACGUACGGCGCGAGCAUACUCAAUCACGAAUACGGCUCGCCGUUGUUGACACGCCAGAACUCCCACGACUCCAACUCCAAUUCCGGCGAGCGGCCGAGCAACCUGGAGGUGGUGACGCGGCUGCGCUCGAGCCUGAAACGGUCCAGUUACAAUCCGUACAACUCGCCGAGCAAGAGCGUGAGCAAAAACAACUCCGGCUCGGGCACACCGACGAAUCCGACGCCGCCGGACUCGCUCACGUCCGAGGACUCGAGCUACGUCUCCGCCAAGGACAGUCAGAUCUCCAUCAGCCGGGUGCGUUUCUCGCCGGUGACGUUCGAUCGCGACGGCGUGUCCGCGCGCGACGUCCACAGAGAAACUCUGCUGGACAUCCCGGUUCACGGUCAGAGCCAGGAUUCCACGGUGCCGUUGCAGGCCAAUCGGCGGCUCAAUCGAAACAGGAAACCGAGCAUCUCGGAGCUUGAGAGGGAAUUCUUGUCAUAGCACUGGCUUAUUUAAAGCCGCGCGGCUCCCUUUCAUGUGGAACCAGCUGGACCGAGCGGGUUCGUCGAUAUUUUAUCAAUUUAUCGAUAUUUCUAGCGAAUGGUAGUCCUAGGAUCCGAUCUCUUUACGCCUCCGAUUAUACAAUCGCGAUUACGUAACCUUAUGAUCGUCGACCGGAAGAAGAAUUUGCAAAACGAAUUGUACGUUAUCGAAGCACUGCCUCCCGCGGACGAUGAUAGCAGUUCACUAACAAGUCUGGGAAUCAACAUUCCAUACAACACACAGUCCACGUAAAACGUAGCGUAAUACGUGAUUGGGCGGAUUUUUAAUUUGGUAACGUUAAUGAUAUUUGAUAUACGCGUGUACAUGUAGCACGGGCGAAGAUUGCAACGCGUCGUGAUAUAUAUAUAUAUUCAAAUUGCAUAUUACUCCGAGAAUAGAUACUUUUCUGUAGAAUAUAAAAUGUAUUUUACCGUUUCAACUGUUAACAACAGAGACUUCGAUUAAAAUAGAAUUGAUUUUCCUUUUGACGCUGAUGCAAAAUUCACAGAUUGACAGUUAAUAUAGAAUAUUGAUGCAUACGGGAGAUACCGUGUAUACCAAUAUUCUCCCAAUCAAUGAUAAUUUGUAUAUAGAAUGAGGUAAUAACUAUUACCAUAAUAUCGUUUAAAAUUCUAUUGUAUAUUUUAUAUGUUGAAGACAAUUGCAUACUAAUUAAUCUUUAAUCAGGUAAUUAAAAAUUAAUUAACAAAAUAUAUAUGUAUUAAAGAUAAUAUAUUAAAUUAAAUUAAUUUAAAGAGAUGAAAAGUUUUAGAUCUCGUAGGCGACUUGGAAAAUAAAAGUUAUCGUCAUAGGCUGACGUUUUGUAUAGCAUGCAACUUUUGUUAGACAAAUCCUCUGUUACGACUUUUGAGGUACCGAAAGUAAUAAUUGCCUCAGUCUAUGUAACGAUAUCGUUGAAUAAGCAAAUCAUCAGUCGAAAUUAUGCAAUUUGACGGUUCUUUGUGGUUUAUCGAGACAUUCCAGAAGCGCGUUAUAUGAGCAUUUCGAGAUAGAGAGAAUUUAUCAGGAUGUGUAUGUAUGUAAUAUACAAUUCCAUUAGUAAGAUUACGGAAGGGAACGAAGACGGGCGUUCUUUUCUUCGGCAACUACCGCAUUAGCGGCGUAAUGGCGUAUUCGCUUUCGAUAUUGAAAUCGUAUCUCAGCGUAACGAAAGUUGUAAGUUGUUUCUCGCAUUUAGUACGAAGUUACGUUCGGUAUGUUCCUUGCGUAACGAAACUCUGGUGAUAUUCGGCUUGGCGCAAUAAUGAAAACAUUCCAAGGAGAUUUGCUGGAACGUAAGGAAUUGCUCUACGCAGUGCGGAAUUAACCACUUCGUCGGACUUUGAAUUGAUGCGAGCUUAGAUGCUCGCGCUUUUCGAUACUCGAAAGUCUCCCCGACGUUACUUCUCCCAGAGUUUGUGAUAGAUGCCAACGGAGUGAACGUCAAUUCCGCAUUGUUUAAGCUGGUCCAGUUAGGACGAGGAUAGGCUUUCUUUGCGUGCUGAACUUUUGUCAGAUAUUGUGCGUUUAAAUAACGCGUAUACUUGACGAUUUUACUUUUAAUUUUCCUACUAGGAGGUACCGGCAGCAAGUGAAAAAUUGUAUCGAUUUUCGUGCGUUUUGUGUAACUUAAACGAGCAAUUAAUUCUAAAUACGCAAUGGCAGCUCGAGUAUUGUAUAUUAAUAGAGAUGCGUUACGGUUGUAUUUUUUUUUUAGACGGAUCAAUCGGUUCGAGCUGAAGAACAAUCACUAUUUAUAAUCUAAUUUUAUGUACUUUACAAGAAUACGGACAGCUACAAAGUAUUAGUUGUAGUAUUAUGUACUUAGCCGAACUUUCCCGCGAUUACGUAUUAAUCUUAUACAGUAUUUCCGAUAUAAUCUCUCUCCUUCUCAUCGCAAUCAGUGUAACUAGUCAUUGUAAUUGUAUUUCAAGUUGUACCAUUGUCAUUUUGAUAGCGAUACGAUUCCAUUUUCCUUCGUCUCUCGUGAUGGUCGUCUAAAUUAAGAAAUUAGACAGAACUGUCUACAUUGUCGAUAUACUCGCUUUUUUCAACACUCCUGUUUGCGGACUUGUAUGGUGUCUCUGUAACUUUAAGAGAUUCGUGUGCUGAUGAAAAGGAAAAUGUUGCUGUGCCGCUGUUAAAAUAGUGCCUCUGCUCAAUGAUACGUUCAUCGUCGUUCUGUUGCAAUGCACAAUUGGAGAGAUGUACACGAUUAAUACAUCCACCCCAGGUACUUCCACCCCUCGGUCGCGUAAGUCGACGUAAUUCGGAAGUGUAUCGAUUGAUAAGUACGCUUAGUAAAAUGCGGAGGACGUGUACAGUAAGCAUCUUCGACGUUUAAAUGUGAAUUAUAUGUGUCGUAGCGAUACAUGAUGAAACGGUCGCACCUUGCGCAGCUGUCACGCUUCUUUUGUACCUUAUGAAAACAGUGCGCCGCUCUACGCGAGCGAACCGCGCGUCUGUAGAAAGUAUCUAAAGCGUGAGUCGCGUGCAGAUAAAUACACAACAUGCAGCUGUGCAAAACGCGAGGUGUAUUCUUCGGUAGAAUCGUUGUGGAACGAAGAUUCUUCUAAUGAACGUUGUAUAUAUAGCAAAGAAGGAAACGCUGAAUGUUCAAGUAGCGACUACUCAAUACAUUCCUUAUACAGCUGACGCGUGUUGUACGACGUCCACGACGCUCCCCCGAGAGAUGUAGACAAAGGCGUCGGGUCUGCUUCGUGGAUAUCUUCGCGCCGCAUUGCACCAAUAACGAGUAUCUCGAUGCGGCAAUACGGGGUACCGAAUCAAGCGUGUCGAGGGGGAGAGCGAGUCUCCGCCACCUUUCUUCGAUUGAUAUCGUUCAGAAUCUAUAUUAAUAUUAAAAACGCUUGCGUACCUCGUGCUGCGUGCUCUACGUGCCCCGAAUGUACAUACGAACCGCUGAGUAAUGUAUUAGAACGCGACGCACGUAAUCUUAAUCUAUUGGCAUUACGAGAUGAUAGGGGAGAAACGCUCGAAUUUAGUUUUGAACCUUGUAAACUAAUCAAAGUUACUUACGCUAUCUUUACGCCGCAUUCGAAGCAAUCAAAAUGUCUUGUUUGUACUGUAUCAACCUCACGUAGCGUAUAACGAAGUCACGGAUUCUUUUAUCUUCUUCGUCGUGAAAGCUGCUUCUCGUUUACACUGUUUUCCUAAAUGACGAUCAUCAGUAUUGUAGAUGUAUGUUGUGCGAUGUACAUACGUGAAAUGUGUUAGAAGAAAGAGGAUUCUUUUUCUUGGUAGUUUUACCGUGUACGUUUGACUAUAGCGAAGAAGAAUGAGCAGAAAAUCAGUUACCAAUGACAUUUUUCUGGCAGAUAAUUUUACAAGGGCAACUGAGAGAUACAUUUGAUGACUCCGAAGUCUUUCUUAGGCAGAAAAACGUGGAGCCGUCGAACAUUACGUUUACGCAUUUUACAAAAAAGAAAACUUGCAAUAUUAAUUGACUCUUCUCUUUUCAUAUAUGUGAUAAUUUUAUCGAAUUAUACGGGCAAUGGGCGAAUUAUCUCUUUCUUGCAAUACAUUUAAUGAGUAUAUCUUUCUACGCUGUGCGAAGGUAUUUCUGCGGUGCUAAUAUCACGUACUUAAAUACGUUAAAUAAGUGACACAUAGAAAUUCAAAAUGCUUCCAAGGUAAUUGAGAGAGAGAGAGAGAGAGAGAGAGAGAGAGAGAGAGAGAGAGAGAGAGAGAGAGAGAGUGUGUGUGUGUGUGUGUGUGUGUGUGUAUGUAUGCGCGAGCGUGAGAGAGAAUGUUUGAUGAAGUGUUAGUGAAUGCUGAUAUUUGAGAAUAAUUGUUCAUACGUAUAUAUACACACGAUAAUAAUUAUAUAAUUUUUAAUUAUACAAAAAUAUAAAAUGUUCGCGGCAGCUAUUAUUGUGUAAUGGCGUAUCCGUCGCCGACAGUGCUAGUCUAAGCUAUAUUUAUUUUUUAUAUAUAUAACAAACACCUUAGCGUAGAGAUUAAGGAGAUAAGAAUCCGAUUUUAUACUUUAUUAGAGAGUAUUUACGGAAUAUGUUUGACUCGUUGGGCAGAACGUGUAUAAGGGACGUGUGUUCAGAAUAAUUCUAUAUACAUAUGUAUAUAUAAAAAUUAUAUAUACAUAUAUACAUAUACAUAUAAAUACAUACGUGAGAUAAAUUACGUUGUAUCAUAUCAAAUGCAACUAUAAGGUCUCCGAUAUAUAUAUGUGAUGAUAUAUAUAUGUAUACAUAUAUCAUUAUGUAUACAUAUCAGUCUAUAAAUAUAUCUCGCUGUAAAAAAAAACUCAAUAAAUUUAUCAUGUAUCGUUCGUAUGAUAUACAUUAAUAACAUAUACCAAUGAUAGUAAUUUAUAAUUUUCCUUUAGAUAUCUUCUUGAUAUAAUGUAACGCUAGUUUAUGGGACUUAAAAUUAUAUAAGGGAAAUAAAUUUCUUCCUUUAAACGAUUAAUGCUUUCGACGUUAAAUAUUCGAUGUACAAUACUGAAUAUUUUUACAUACUUUUAUUCCCUUUCUCUCUGCCAUUUGUUACAUACACGACGCACCCUCUCUUUGAUACAAGAUAAAUUUAUGAAAUUUACGUAGGGGAAACGAACAUACGGAUGUGAACCGCAAACGUAAUGCGAGAUUCUCUUUAACACUUGUUUUUAUGUAAUAUACGAUAUGCAACUCACGUUUACAAUGUAGUCCUCACUAGUUUAGUUAGACCUAACGAGUGGACAUCACCGAAUCAAGGCACUGAAACAAAAAAAAAUACUCAUCAGCCUCGUGGAACAUAUGAUACUACAGGAUCCCGUUGCUCUCUGAACUGCUGUUUCUGAUGUCGCAUUUAAAAAGUGUAAAUAUAUAUACUUUACGACGUAACGGAUUGUAUUAAGAUUGCAUGCCGCUUGCGCGAAAUUAGCAAAUUGUACAAUAACGACCACGACCAAGACGAUUAAUUGUAAACGAAUUGUCUCAUCGAUGUACACACAGUCUGUGCUGUGGUAGCUCCUCUUUGUACGCUUCUGGCGUGUGUAGAAAGUUUAACGUAAUGUAUUUCAUAAAUAUGAUAAACGAUUUAUCGGCGCGGGGCUAUCACAGUUUGGUAUAUACAUAUAAAUACGAAAUUAAGUUUUUUCCGCCGGUAUUCUUUUGUAAUACAUGAACUGUAAAGAACGUAGGACGCAACUCGUCAAGUCGCAGGCAAUUCAUUUAAGCAUGGAGUAACUCUGUAGUUUCUAAGUAUGUUUAAGCUAAGUGCAAUGUGUUCCACGUGUAUUUAAGUGAGAAUAAUGAAUCGCUUCGGUGCGCGCCUUAAAGUAAACGAGAAACAUCGCGAAAACUCAAAGCUUUCGACGGGAAAUUCUUCAAUGUAACAUAAUAACUUUCACAGCGGCGAUUAUCGCGCGAGAGUCGAGGAAUACUUACUUUUCAUUCGGGAAUCGAAUUUUUUUAUCGAUCUCCUGGGCGACGAUGUGUAGAUUGCCAAGCACGACGAGCGAAGUCGCGCAGGAUCGUUUUUAUCUACAAGCAGGGAGUGAAAUGAUAUAACAGACGAGAAUAAAUAUAUAUUAAUUUCACGACAAAUUCCCGAGAGCUCGAUUGUUUAAAUGCGGAAAAUAUAUCGUAAUAAUA